CUUCUGGGAAAAGGAUCCUGGGAAUUUCUGCCAGAAGCUAAACUGAGAUUCCAACUUUGAAAAGUUGGGGGUGGUUUGUGUUGGGGAAGGCCUGUGAUUGGACUGCAGAAUUCACUAGGGAGGAGGAAAGCAAAAGUAAAAAGGAAAUAGCUAGGGCGAGGGAAUAGGGGGGAAGCCAUCUUCACCCCCCACCCCAACGCACACACAAUUAAGCCUGGAAGCAGCGUGCAACCACUAGCCUGGGGAGGGUCCACAUGUGUCAAGGGUGAGGGCAACAGAUGCUGGACCCAGGGAGCUCUCUGCCACAAGCCAGUCUGCAAGGCCUCAGGGACCAACAUACCAACAGUUGGACUUGAUCACUAGCUGGCAAACUGAGCUCAUGCAUCGGGUGGAAUAACAAGCGGACUUUGCUCUCUGCUGUGCAAAACGCUGUUUUUAGAGGAUUUGCCACAGCAGUGGAUAGAAAGCAGGAGACCACCACUGGAACCCUCAAGACUUCUUUGAGGAGAGCCACAGCGUAAGAGAUUACCCUAGUUGGUGUUUUGCAGGAUGAUGGUGGCCCUUCGAGGAGCUUCUGCAUUGCUCGUUCUGUUCCUUGCAGCUUUUCUGCCCCCGCCGCAGUGUGCUCAGGACCCAGCAAUGGUGCAUUACAUCUACCAGCGCUUUCGAGUCUUGGAGCAAGGGCUGGAAAAAUGUACCCAAGCAACAAGGGCAUACAUUCAAGAAUUCCAAGAGUUCUCAAAAAAUAUAUCUGUCAUGCUGGGAAGAUGUCAGACCUACACAAGUGAGUACAAGAGUGCGGUGGGUAACUUGGCACUGAGAGUUGAACGUGCCCAACGGGAGAUUGACUACAUACAAUACCUUCGAGAAGCUGACGAGUGCAUAGAAUCAGAGGACAAGACACUGGCAGAAACGUUGCUCCAAGAAGCUGAAGAAGAGAAAAAGAUCCGGACUCUGCUGAAUGCAAGCUGUGACAACAUGCUGAUGAGCAUAAAGUCUCUGAAAAUAGUGAAGAAGAUGAUGGACACACAUGGCUCUUGGAUGAAAGAUGCUGUCUAUAACUCUCCAAAGGUGUACUUGUUAAUUGGAUCCAGAAACAACACUGUUUGGGAAUUUGCAAACAUACGGGCAUUCAUGGAGGAUAACACCAAGCCAGCUCCCCGGAAGCAAAUCCUAACACUUUCCUGGCAGGGAACAGGCCAAGUGAUCUACAAAGGUUUUCUAUUUUUUCACAACCAGGCGACUUCUAAUGAGAUAAUCAAAUAUAACCUGCAGAAGAGGACUGUGGAAGAUCGAAUGCUGCUCCCAGGAGGGGUAGGCCGAGCAUUGGUUUACCAGCACUCCCCUUCAACUUAUAUUGAUCUGGCUGUGGAUGAGCAUGGGCUCUGGGCCAUCCACUCCGGGCCAGGCACUCAUAGCCAUUUGGUUCUCACAAAGAUUGAGCCAGGCACACUGGGAGUGGAGCAUUCAUGGGAUACCCCAUGCAGAAGCCAGGAUGCUGAAGCCUCAUUCCUCUUGUGUGGGGUUCUCUAUGUGGUCUACCGUACUGGAGGCCAGGGCCCUCAUCGCAUCACCUGUGUCUAUGAUCCACUGGGCACUAUCAGUGAGGAGGACUUGCCCAACUUGUUCUUCCCCAAGAGACCAAGAAGUCACUCCAUGAUCCAUUACAACCCCAGAGAUAAGCAGCUCUAUGCCUGGAAUGAAGGAAACCAAAUCAUUUACAAGCUCCAGACAAAGAGAAAGCUGCCUCUGAAGUAAUGCAUUACAGCUGGGAGAAAGAGCACUGUGGCUUUGGCAGCUGUUCUACAGGACAGUGAGGCUACAGCCCCUUCACAAUAUGGUAUCCCUCUAAUCACACACAGGAAGAGUGUGUAGAAGUGGAAAUACAUAUGCAUCCUUACCCAGAUGUCACUGCCUUAGGUAUCUUCCAGGAGCUUAGAUGAGAGCAAGAGCAUAUCAUUAGAAAAGUUUCAACAAUGUCCAUUACUCCCCCAAACCUCCUGGUUCUCAAGGCUGACCACAUUCUGAUACAGCUUACUUCAAGCCUUUUCUUUUACUCCCCCCCAGCAUUUACUGUAACUCUGCCCUCUUCCCUCCCACAAUUAGAGUUAUAUACCAGCCCCUAAUAUUCACCACUGGCUUUUCUCUCCCCUGGCCUUUGCUGAAGCUCUUCCCUCUUUUUCAAAUGUCUAUUGAUAUUCUCCUAUUUUCACUGCCCAACUAAAGUACUAUUAAUAUUUCUUUCUUUCUUUUUUUUUUUUUUUUUUUUGAGACAAGGUCUCACUAUGUUGCCCAGGCUGGUCUCAAACUCCAGAGCUCAAGAGAUCCUCCUGCCUCAGCCUCCUAAGUACCCGGGAUUACAGGCAUGUGCCACCACACCUGGCUUAAAGUACUAUAUCUUAUUGAGGUCUAACCUCUAUUUCCCCUAGCCCUGUCCUUCCACUAAGCUAGGCAGGUGUAAUAAUAAAGUGAAAAUGUUAACAUUUGAAUGCCACUUUCCAGGUGUAGAGUGUUUGCACAUCAUUUAAUUCUCAUUUCACCAUUGUGAAACAUGCACAAGUCUUUACAGCUGUCAUUCUAGAGUUUAGGUGAGUAACACAAUUACAAAGUGAAAGAUACAGCUAGAAAAUACAAAUGCCGGUCUUUCCAUCGCCCAAGGAAACAUCAAAUAUGUAUGUUUGUUCACCUACUCUUAUAGUCAAUGUGUUCAUCAUUUCAGCUUAAAAAUAACAGUCUGCCCCUUUAGCCAGUUUUCAUGUCUGUGCAAGACCUUUCAAUAGGCCUUUCAAACAAUAAUUCCUCCAGAAAACUAGUCUAAGAGUGAGGACCCCCAACUCUAGCCUCCCCUUGUCUUGCUGUCCUCUGUUUCUCUCUUUUUGCUUUAAAUUCAAUAAAAGUGACACUGAGCAAAUAA